ACGCACACACGCCGGCUCCGCGGUUCCAGCGCCAUGGCGGCCGCGUCCCUGGUGCUGAGAGCUGUGCGGGUGCUGCGGGCUCGCCUGGCGGGGCCAGUCCUCCGGGGUGUGCACGGCUCGCCGGCGGCCUGCGGGAAGAACCUGCUCAAGAAGUUCGCGGCCAAGAACAGAAAGAAGUUCUGGUAUGAUGCUCCUUCCCUGGGCCCUCACCUGGCUUACAAGCCGUCCCAGGUGGAUGUGCUGACCAAGAACACUGCCAGGAGAGCCCAGAAGGAAGACCAUGUGCGCCUGCGGGCCCUCAACGGCCUGCUCUACAAGGCACUGACAGACUUGCUGUGCACCCCCCAUGUCAGCCAGGAGGUCUGUGACCUGGACGUGGAGCUCUCCAAGGUCUCCCUGACGUCAGACUUCUCCGCCUGCCGCGUGUACUGGAGGACAUCACUGUCUGCGGAGUGGAACGCGCGCGCGCAGGCCGAGCUACAGAGGAGUGCGGCGCACAUGAGGCACCUUCUGAUGUCUCUGCAGAUCCUGAGGAAUGUGCCUCCACUUGUGUUUGUUCAGGACAGAGAGAAGGCAGCACUAGCAGAGGUGGACCGGCUGCUGGCAGUCGCUGACUUUGGACCCCUGGAGGAGGACAAGGGUACCCUCGUGCGGGACUCCAGACCCACCAAGGCCCCUUUGCCGUGUGCCCUGCCACCCCCUACUGCCAGCUGGAGUCUGUGCGGGAUCGACCAUGAGGCUCUCAACCAGCAGAUCAUGGAGUACAAGAAGAAAGAGGGCCAGGGGGCUGUGGGCCGGAGCCCCCCUGGGCAGGAGCAGCUGGCAGUGCUGACUAGGCAGAUGAGCAGCAGGAGGAAGAAGGCCAGGGCCCGCCGAGACGCAGACCUCUCCCCCAAAAGCGCCCUGUGGGAGGUGGAGGAUGAAGGUGACCCGGAGGAGGACCUCGAGGAGCCUGGCCUUGGGUACGAGGAGGAGCUGGAUGGAUGUGGAUGGGCAGACCCCGAGGCAGAGGCAGAAGCCAGUGGCCACAGUGGCAGGAACAGAGGUGACUGAGGGCCCUCGGGCCACACUGAGCAGGGCUGCCGGGGAUGUCGGGCCUGCGGCUGGGAGCAGCGGACGUCUCUGGACAGUGGGCUGGUCCCCAGGAGCGUGGCCGGGAGUGACCAGAAUAAAGGUGCUGUGUCUCCUGCUCAAGGCGGUGGCCCUGCAGGUGGGAGGGUGUCCGCCUGCUCCAGGUGUCGAGGCCCCAGAUGCCUGCGUCACAGGCACAGAAACAGCUGGACACGAGAUACUGCAUGGAUCCACUCGCCGUGCUGACUGCUGACUCCUGCCCUGAGCCACGGGCAGAGCCGUGCCGACCCCUGACGCCCGUGCAUGCCCAGGAGGCGCUGGGGGCCCUGAGCUGCGGGCAGAGCCUGUCAGCACUGAGGCCUGAGCCCCUUACCCACCCCCUCCAUGUGAGGAGACGGAGAGCUGAGCAGGAGCUGCCUGACAGCCCCCCCAGCCUUUUUCACCUGCUCUGGGGCGACGUCACUGAGGAAAGCUACUAAGGAAAGCCAGCAGACGACGGUUCAGAGACCCAGGGGAUGUUGUUUGUAGCCCGUGCAUUAAUCCAAUUCUUGGUGUUUUUUGAUUGUU